GCAAGCAAGAGAGCAGUGUAGAAACGGAAUCAGAUGCGGUGAAGUCCGUGAGUUGACAGUGGGGUGCACGAGAACAGGCGUUUCGUAGUGGUGGAGGCGGAGGAGGUUUAGGGGAAAGAAUUGUUUUCUGUGUGCGCGAGAAACGUGUCGACAGUACGAGUCUCUAAACGGGUCGUCGUUGGUGAUGGUGAAAUGAUUCUCUAGCCCGAAGUUUUUGACUUGGUCCGCCUGGACAAAGAGGAAGAUCUUUUGUAUAUCGCUGCUCUUCAAGGGAUCGUACGCUCGUUCAUCCAUAGAAAACAUCAUUAAACGCUGACGUCGCGGAAUUCGUCCCGUGUCGUUUUCCUUCGUGGCGAGCGUCGAACAUCCAACGACUGACUAGCGACCAUCACGCGCGCGUGUCUUUGUUUUUUUUCUCGGUGCUGAAUAACUGUACGGGAAAACAGAGAGUGUGUUAUAUCAUAGUGGUGAAAAACCAAUUCUUUCGCGGGUUCUGCUGUGGUAAAUAAUCCUAAGCAGUCAGAGGCCCUUCUGAAACGACAAUCGAGCUCAGCUGAUUCAAGGACUUGCUGCGAAGGGCUCUGCUGCGUUAAUAGACGAUAAAUAUGUCGUCCCCCAGCGCUGGAAAACGACGUAUGGACACGGACGUUCUCAAAUUAAUAGAAAGCAAGCAUGAGGUGACGAUAUUAGGAGGAUUAAAUGAAUUUUCCGUCAAAUUCUACGGUCCACGGGGCACGCCUUACGAGGGUGGAAUAUGGAAGGUGAGGGUUCACUUGCCCGAGCACUAUCCCUUCAAAUCUCCUUCGAUCGGCUUUAUGAACAAGGUAUACCACCCUAACAUUGACGAGGUCUCAGGCACAGUGUGUCUAGACGUAAUAAACCAGGCCUGGACUGCCCUUUACGAUUUGUCGAAUAUAUUCGAGUCUUUCCUGCCCCAAUUGUUAACAUAUCCUAAUCCAAUCGACCCCUUAAAUGGCGACGCCGCGGCCAUGUAUCUACAUAAACCUGAGGAGUACAAGAAGAAAGUAGCAGAUUACGUGAGGAAAUACGCGACGGAGGAGGCGCUAAGGGACCAGGAGAACUGCGGUACCGAGAACGGAGUGUCGUCCGAUAGCGAGUCUUCGAUGAGCGACUUCAGCGAGGACGAGGCGCAGGACAUGGAGUUGUAACCAAAUAUUUUACCAUCCGUACCCAUAUCCUUAAUCUCGAUUCCCUGUAAACUCCGAUCGCUCGUCCUACCAAAUAGAUGCUUACAUUUCGAACCUCGAAACCUCACUGUCGGUUUAGCUACGUGGCACACUCGUCACUUUGUUUCGUAGGGGGGGGAGGGGAGGGGGGGGGGAAAAACCGCGAUCAGAUUGUUCGUUGAACGUUCGUUGAACCCGGGAGGGGUUAAAGAAAAAGAAAAGAAGAAAAGGAAAAGAAAAAUGGAAUACGAAAGGAACAAUAAUGGGUCAAACGAUUUAAAAAAAAAGAAAAGAAAAAAAGAGGAAAAAAAAGAUAAGAAGGAAAAAGAAAGAGAUAGGUGAACGAUGAUCGAUAGAUAGAUAGAAGAGAAUAUCGCUUUUGGAGUUCUCUUUACGCGAGAGGGGGGGAGGGGGGGAGGGGGCCGCUCUCGUCGCCGAAUGUUCUUAAAUUAGAGGAAAGGACCGUUGACGAGAAGGAAAAUAUAUGCGCGCCGAUGAUAUAUAUAUAUUUUUUGUUUCAAUCCUUUCUUUCUUUCUUUCUUUUUUUUUCUUUCUCUCUCUUUCUCUCUCUCUCUCUCUCCUCUUUAAAUUUCGCGACUUUGCUAUCGAUUGAUUGAACGUCGAUUUAUUUCUAAUUUGUCUGAGUUUCUGACUUUGGCAUCGAUUGGCGGUUUUCAACAAUCGCGAAUCAUCAAAUAUCGGUCAUAUUUUUGUUUCGCGAUUGAUCCUGAAAAUACUAGGAUGAAUUCUUCCGUGAGAAAGUUAUAUAUCUAUAUAUAUAUAUAUAUACUUUUUUUUUUUUUUUUUACAAUUUCUCCAUUCUCGAUAUAUUUUUUAAGUUUGCCUUAUUAUUCCAUCGCGUUUCGAGUUGUUGGUCGAUCUCUCCCUCUUGUUCUUUCUCUUUCUUUUUUUUCUCUCCCUUCUCUCCGAUCGGGUCAAGUCAGACGCAACUCGUUUACAUGGGCGUUCAAAACGGUGCAUGAACACGAAAAAGAAUUAUUUCUCGUUCGCUUUUUCAAAUUUUGUACACAUACAUACAUACAUACAUACAUACAUACAUACAUACAUACAUACAUACAUACAUACAUACAUACAUACCUCUUAACGGGUGUCGUAAUCCACGUUACGCUACGUUUUAAUUCUCUGCCUCUCUGUGCGCAUUAUCCCGAUACACGUGCCACGAGCAAGCACGGGGGCACGAUACAUAAUAUAUAUCUUGAACGAAUCAGCAUCGAUUCCGUGUAAUAAACGUGUUUUGUUUCUCGUGUUUCGAAAAAAAAAAAAAGAAAAAAAAAUAUGCUUGCUCGUAGAGUAACGACUCUUUUGUCAUUUUUUCACGAUACAUAAUUAUAUAUAUAUAUUAUUAUUAUUAUUAUUAUUAUAAUUAUUAUUAUUAUUAUUAUUAUUAAUAAUUAUUUUCACAAGACGAUUGAUUCGUCUCUGAAAUACGAAUAGAAGUGAUUCGAACGUUGAAACUAUGUGUAUGUGCACGCAGGAGUGAAUAACGAUACGUGAUACGUGAAAAGGUGAAAGGAAAAAAAGAAAAAAAAAAAAAAAAAAAGAAAAGAAAAAAGAAAAAAAAAGCUCUGUCCUUUUCCACUCGAUCAACAUUCGAAUCGAUAACCUUUUCUUUUUCUCGUCGAAAGAUUAUCUUAUCUAUUAUCAGAAUUAUUACGUAUCCUUUUUUUUUUUCUUCUGCGUUCGGAUAGCGAUAUUUAGAUAUACGAAAGGGAUGAUUUGUCGUUUUACCGAAAGAAAAGUUUUAGGGGGAGGGGGGGAAGAAAAAAAAAAAAAAGAAAAAAAAAUAUGAAAAAUGGAAAAUGGAUACUAGCUGGUCCAUCUUCCUCUUUCUGUUCUGUCAUCACCAUCCCUGAACGUUUCCCUCGUAGGGCGCAGCAACGAGAAAAGGCUUCGUCAACAGUGUUGAAGACACUGACAAAUCUACGAUAUAAACGUCGUUUAAGUAGCGAUGUUAAUGUCGGAACGUCCCAACCACAGUUGAAAUCUGCACGGUCAACGUUUUUCAACGGAAGGGAAACGAUCGAAGACUCGGGUCACUUUCGAACGACCUCAGCCUCCUGUCUCGAGACACACGCGAACACGUCGAACGUAAGAAUUUUCGGAGAGUUGCGAGAGGACAACGGUGCUGCAUUCACACCGGAAUUGCGCCAGUAUUCGGAAAUGGACGUAGAUUUCAUACACUCGGGAGGAAGUAGAAGCAAUCUGGACACGACUACCGUCUAACCUGAUCGUCGCGAAAUUUCUGGUGAUAUUCUCACGAUUUAUUUUUAUCAUAAAAAGAGAAAGAAAGAAAGAAAAAAAAUAUCGUAAAAAAAAAAAAACGAAAGAAAAGAAAAGAAAAGAAAAGAAAAAAAGAAAGAAACGAACGAAUAUAGAUUAAAUAACUUAAUAUUGUUUAUAUAGGAAUUUUUCUAAGUGCAUAAUACGAGAUAUUUUUCAAAUUUUUAGUCGAAACGAGAGAAAAUAGUUUGUAAUGGAAAGGAAAAAAAAAAAAAAUAAUAAUUUUAUUCCAGCGCGGUUGCGCGCUAUCUUUUAUUUUUGUCAAACAAGAAAGGAUGGGAAAAAAAAAAUUUGUUUUUUUUUUUUUUUUUUUUUUAUACGAUCGAUAUUUUUUAGAGAUAACUUUAACCACCCCGUUCAUGCAACGCCGUGUAUCCAUGUAUAUCCAUUUUUUUUUUUUUUUUAAAAUUCUAUCGACGUUCGGAUUAAUCGAGAGCGAGACGAAGUAAGAUGGGGGAAAAAAAAAAAAUAAUAAUAAGAUAGAAUUGGAGAAAAGGAAAGGAUACAAUAUGUGAAUGAAUAAUAUAAUAUAAGAGAUAAUAGAAUUAUAUUUAGAAGAAAUGAAUUUUUUUUUUUUUUUUGACGAUACGACUCGUAUCAAUGAGAGAUAACGAAUUUGUACAAAUCUUGGUGCACAAUAAUCUUCGUUUAGUUGUAUAACUCGCUUCAAAUUGAUCUCUGUCCUUUUGCGUGGUUUAUUAUGUGUAUGCAAUACGAUCAACUAUAUGUACAAGUAUAUAGAAAAUGAUAAUUUAGUGCCUUCUCAGGCAGAAAUUGUGCCUUAUUAAAUGGGUCUCCGUAAAAAAAAAAGAAAAAAAAAAAAAAAGAAAAGAAAAGAAAAAAAAAAAGAAAAAAAAAGAAGAAAGAAAAAAAAGAAAAGAGAGGAAAAUUUUAUUGGUAAUAAAAUAUAUUCGGUGGUAAAACGACGACGAGCAUUAAUUAAACGAAUACACACAUACAUCAAUUAAUUAAAUCGACCGCUUAAAAGAUUGCAAAACUAAUAUAGCGUGUAUAACUUUUAUUUUCGAAUAUUGGAGUAAUGUUGAAGAGCUGUGUUAAGUUUUGUGUAAGUUUUUUUUUUUUUUUUCAAAGAUUGUUUGGAUAGUUUGGAACGUGUUGUUAAAGAGAAAUAUUAAUGAAAAGAAAAGAAAGAGGAAUGGAUUUAAAGAAAUGAAAAGAAAUUUUACCAAAAAUGUUUAUAUAAAACAAAAGCAAAAAAAAAAAAAAAAAAAAAAAAAGAAAAUCGAAAUUUCUCGUCUGUAUUUUUGCAAUAGGUUCACUCCUUAGUUUUUAACGAAUAAAUUUAAUAUUAUUGUUCUAUAUAUUAUUAUUCGCAAUAUGGACGCGGCUAUCGUGUAAUUUUGUGUCAAAAUACAAUUUUUUCUACGAUUUCUUUCAUGUACAUGUGAUUUAGAAAUUUCUCAUACUUGAUUUAAUAUUUUCAGUAAGUCGCAAAUCUUUAUCAAGAUCUUGGUUAUCUUGGUAAUUUCUUUAUUUAUUUAUUUAUUUAUUUUUUUUUCUUUUUUUAAUUUAGUAUGCGAUUUUAAUCGAUCAGGAGAUGAGUUCUUAAAUUCGCAAAUACGAUAGCUACGUCCACAACGUUUUUAACUGUUACACAUUUUUCCUUUUUAUUUAAGGAAAUAUUAUAUUUACGUGGAAAUAAGAAAGAAAGAAAAAAAAAACGAUAUUGUCAUUUGAUAAUUUACAAUUAUUUAUGAUUAUUUAAGAUCUGCUUUCAUGGAAUUUUUUUCGUAUGAUUCUCAGUGGCUCUAUACGUUGGUGAACUGUAUAGCAAAAAAAAAUGUAUUUACUGAUUAGAGAAAUGAUUAUUAAAAUGGAGUGAAAAUGAUAUCGUCGUUUGUAUGGCUUAUUAGGCGUUCACAUAUUUUUUCGAUGCUCUUUCUUCAAACAUUUUAUAACGAUGCACAUGUAAAUUACUUUUCAUUUUGUCAUAAUUUUUUUUUUUUUUUCGUUGCAUCAUCCCGUCUUCAAAAUUUUAUGCAAAACAACACACGACAAAGGAAAAGAUGAAAAAAGAAAAAAAAAAAUGAGAAGAAUCUAAAUAUUCAUUUUUUGUCAGAUUUUUCGUAUGCACAAAAACGAUGAAUAAGUGAAUUUUGUUUUUUUAAUUAUAAUGAUUUGUAUUUAAAAUUUCCGUUUGUUAUCCGAUAAUCAGCAAUUCAUAGUGAUUCCUUUUAAGUUUUUAUCUAUGCUCUGUAAUAUCUUUUCAUAAAAUAAUCUCUUUUAAUUUUAAUCAAGUAAGCUAAUUUUAAUUUUAAUACGUUCUCAUUAGAACUCUUUAGGAUACAUACGCUCCAGACGCGUGUUCUUUUUCUUUUUUAAAACCUCGUCGAACAACAACCAAAAGGAUAGGAUGGAAAAAGAUCGAAAGGCAAGAGAAAAAGGGAAUGUGAAAGAAACGAUAAUUAUCAUAAAUUUUGCGUUUUCUUGUUAGGUUACAGUGAUCGAGGAAAAGUCGUAUUCAUAGAUCUCACAUUAUUACUUUUAUACAUGUAACAUAGGUUUAUUGAUAUUGAAUUAAUUAUAUGUUAUUAUUGAUCGUAUUCGCACAAUUUUAUUAUGUAUAUGGUUUUACUAACCGAUUGUUUAACCAACCGAAAGGAUAGUUUUAAUAAUCAUUUUUUAUUUUUUUGCAAUUGUUGUUUGUCUCUCCUUAUGUUUAACUACUUACAUACACUAUACAUUUAAACCAAUCUUUUACUUCAUAAGAUAGUUAUGACGACUUUGUUGUUACUACAAUUUCAAAAAUUUGGGAUCACUUACUUACUUAAAGAUUUUGCAAUUUUUAAUUUCGUUAUAAAUAUUCCAUUCUCGUUUAUUCUAUAAUAAUUCUUAGAGAUAUUCUUGAUUUCAUCGCUAACUUUAUCUAAUUUUUUUCUGAAAUUAAGAUAGUUAAACAGUUUCUAUCUUAUUUCUCUUUCUAUUUUUAAAUAUUCUUCACGUACAACUUUGAACUAUAUUUGUGACUCACGAUUAAUCUUAUAAUUAGUGAUAAUGACUUUCUCUGUACAUCGCCAUCUUUACAGUAUAUUUCUAAAUUCUCUGAAGAUAGAGCUCUAUCAUUUUUAAUUAUAGAAAGCAAUAUGAUUAAUUUGGAGGAUAAUAAUAAUUUUAAAAGUGAUUUCAAAUUUUUGAAAAAUGGUAUACAUUAUGUCUUCCUUGUUAAAAUCGUCCAUCCCCCAAAGAAUGAUAAAGUUUAAAGAGUCAAAACAUUUCUCAUUUUAAGUCUCCAAUCUUGAAUUUAAUACAAUUCAAAUUUAAAAAACAUCACAUUUGCUUAUUAUUCUACUACACUAACAUCAAUACCUUUCCAUUCAAAAGACUUUUUUUUUUUUUUAAAAUUUCCCUUUUUAUUUUUAUGUUAAUGUAAUAUUUCUUGUGAAAAAGGAAACAUAAACAAUGCAAAGGAGUCGUUAUCUAUGAUCAAACUAGUUUCUAGAUCGAUAUCAGAUCAGAAUUGUCAAUGAUUAUUCUUAAUUAGAAAGUGCAAUCGAAUUGACUGUUUUUUUUUUUUUUUUUUUGAUGAGUCCUGUUGAAAGGACUCUCAUCUCUGUAACUCGUUAAUUUUUAAUUCACAUGUAAAAUGAAUGAAACAUACGUAAGUAUAUAUAUACGAAUUCACACGAUCGUGGGACAACUCCAAAAGCAAGCAGUGACGAGCAAUGCCAUUCGUUGCCAAAACGGGUGUCAUUUCGUUAAUUUCCAUUCUGGUCAGGGAAGGCGAUGAGCGAUUAUUUGUCCUCGUUCUUCCGUGAAGAAAUCGACUGACCACCGGUCAAAUGUUUCGGGUAUUAACAUAAGUUCUCAAUUAAAGUUCGCUACGUUUUCCAUUUUAAAGUGAUUUUUCAAAAUGAAGGAACGAGUCGAGUUCUUUUGUCAGAGCAAGAAUAGCCGCAUGCAAUUUCGAUUAAUAAUUAAAUAGCGAAAGAGAUUUAAACGAGAUAUUUUUAAUCCAUUUGUCCGAAUAAGAAGAAGAAACAAAAUUGAGGAAUCUGCUACGAUUCUUAAAUUACUUUUUCGUAUUUUUAAAAAGUUUUUUUCGUUGUUUCGAUCUUUCAUUAAAUCUUGUUGCUUUAUCACUUAUUUUUAAAUUCGUGUAUCAAAAAAUCUCGUAUCGAUCACGUAAAGACAUAAUUGAUCCAAUAUUAAUAUUCCUUCCUUUAAAUUGUACGUAAUUUGUGCAAUAAAAAAAUUGUGAAGAUAUUUGUUCAGAAUUUAAAAAAAUUUAAAAGAAUAUUAAUUCUCUAACCAAUUAAAACAGCUUGUCCAUCGAAUAAAAUUAAAACCAGGAAAUCAACAAAGAUAAAUAUUUUCCGUUUCCAGUUUUUCAAUCAAAGAAAAUGAAAUAUUCAUCGUUGUCACGGCUAUUCUCGUUCCGUCAUCAAGAUUCGUGGUUAUUGUUUUUGAAACACACCUCUCUCUCUCUUUCUCUCUCUCUCUCUUUCUCUUUGUCUCUGUCUCUGUCUCUCUCUGUCUUUUUCUCUCGUAACUCGAAAUUUAAUCUUUCGAGCAUUAAGAAUAAUUUUCUUAGAGCUGAUGAUUCACACGACUUCUUCACUUUCAUCGAGACAAGGAAAUAGCAAUAUUUUUGCUACUCGUUCAUAAUAACUAUAUCGUCGUAUGUUAUCUAAUGUGUUAAAUGACGAUGCCAACGUACGCAUACGCAAUAAUGGUUGAUCAAAGCUAAUAAUACAGAAACUUAUCGUUAUCGUGCGAUCGAGAGAAAACGAUCGAAGCUAGUUUUUACACAGAGAAGAAUAUCCAACAACGAUGUUAAUUACGUUAACGGAGAAUAUAUUCGGCUCGAUUAUCCCAUCUGCAUCGAUUCGCAACAACAAGUCAUUUAUUUUUUUUUUUUUUCUUUUAUUCUUCUUCUUUUUCUUCUUCUUCUUCUUCUUUUUUUUUCCCCAUUGUAAUCUAGUCUAUAACGAUAUAUACGAAACAUCUCUUCUCACGUUUUAAUUUUAGGGAAUAAGGGUAAAGAAAAAAAAAAGAAAAAACGUGUACGAAUUUUUAAUGGAUAUCGAAAUUGCUGUGUAUCGCUCAGGUUUAUAAACGAAACUGCGAAACAUAUUAAUUAACGAUAUAUAUAUAUAUAUAUGGGGGAAAAUCGAAAUGAAUUAUUAAAUGCAAUAUCUUUUGCCAAUAAAAUUUCAUCAAAAUAUGUUAUAAGCAGAAUCGAUAUCCAUUAUGGUUAAAAUCAUCAAUUCGUACGUGCUCGUUCAACGCAAAGCUCUGUGUUUAAAUGUUUCAGCAUAAAAGGAACGAAGAAUCGUUCUUAAUAAUAAUUUCCCCCCCCUCGUGGAUCGUUGAUAAUUGUACUUAUUGUCAAAGAAAAACGAUCCAGCUAUGGAGGGGAGGGGGGGAGCCGAUGUGUACCGAUUGUUGUAAAAAAGAGAAAAAGAAAAAAAAAUAUAUAUAUAGAAUCCUGUUUUCUCGGGAUACGUUUAAUAUUAAGUUUCGAUAUUAAAAAAAAAAAAAAAAAAAAAUAAAAUCGAAAUAUAUUCUCCAGUGUGUGCGCCUGAUACAUUGAAGUACGUUGUAAUAUUUUGAAAUUUGUAAGCGUAGUAGAUUUACAUUAUUUACGAGGUGGAUGAGAUGAACGGAAGUUGAGCAACAUCAAUCCUAUUCUUCGAUUGUCUGUGAGCCGAUCGAAAAAAAAAAAAAGAAAAUUAGUUGAUAUAUAAAUGCAAUUAUAUAUAUUAUAUAUAUUAUAUAUGUGAUUAAUAAUUUUUGAGAAAGUGAUGCACAAUAACAGGUUUAAAAAAGGAGGAAAAAAAAAAGUUGGAAAGGAAAGAAGAAGGUUGAAGAGAAGAAGAAACAUAUUCAUCAUUUUAAUCACCAUUUUUAAUCGGUGGAGUCUUGUUCACGUGGAAAUAAAGACGUUUUUAUUAUUGACUUUUCACUCGUCGUCCAAAGAAAGAGAGAAAGAAAAAACAAAAAAAGAAAAUUUCGGUUAAAAGAAUGGAUAAAAAAAAGAAAAGUAAAAUAAAAUAAAGAAACAAGUUCGAGUAUGCAGGGCUUUAAAACUUAGGUACUGCGUCGGUAGAAGUAUUCUCGAUACAUAGCGUGUAACUUUAGACUAACAUUUAAGAUGCUGAAACAUAAAAAACACGAUUGUCAUUAACUCUGCAGUAAGACAGUCGGUGAUCUCGUAACAGUUCGCGACAAAGAUUCACAAAGAGAUAUAUUACGCAUCGCAAAAAAAAAAAAAAAAAGAAAAAAAAAGGAAAAAUAAGAAACAAAGUAUUAAAAUCGUUCUCGUUACUAAUAAGUAACAAAAAAAGAAAAAAAAAAUUAAAAGCGUUCUCGUUAAUGUGUUCAGUUUAGUUUUUGCAAAAAAAAAAAGGAAAAAAAAAACGAGAGAGAACAUACUACGUAAACCUGUCGAAAUAAUCAAUCACGUCAAACGUGUCAAACGAUUUGUUGAUUGCACGAAAUAUACUGCAGGGUUUACGGGGAAUCGAGGUUUCAAGAAACAUUCGUUAAAGGAACAAAAAGUCAAAGUUAAGCUUUAUAAGAAUUAAAAAGAAAGAAAGAAAGAAAAAAGAAUAGGAAUAGAGGAGGAACGUAGAAAGAUGGCAUUUUUUUGGAACGCUUGUUUCCGUAAAGUUUGAAAAGCGAUCGGUAAAUGAGAAGAAAAAUGAGAAAACGAGAUGGAAAAAGAGGUAAAGUUUUCUAAAAAAAAAAAAAAAACUACGUUCCAUGUACAAUGACGUGAGAUCGAAUUAUUGGUGUCCGUAGAGGUAUAUAUAUUUUCUUAUUGUAAACGAUAAUUAGCUCCGCUGCUUUGACACAUUAAGGCCUUAGUACGUUAAAAUCAGUUGCGUUUCGCGUUUUGUGGAAGAUAUAUCGAGAAAAAUCGGGGAUAAAUCGUUCGAGACUCGUUGCUCGAUCUUGAUUUAUCAAUGAUCACAAUCACAAAGUAGAAAAUGAAGAUCCAAGAUUUUUUGCGAAUUGUUCGAUGUGAUGUUUGUCGAUACGAACUGAAAAUAUUAUAUCGGAAAAUAAUUAACACUGUUCCUCGUUUGAAUUCUAAUUCGAACUGAUUUAAGGGAACUAGAGCCUUAAGCUAGUUGUAAAAAUUUCCUUAGGUACCUAUUGUUUUAUUGUGUAUGGAUUGUCUAUGUCUGAAUGCUCUGUAUCAAUUAGAUAAUACACGAUUGAUAGAAGAAGGAAAAAGUGGGGGGAGGGAGGGCGGGAGGGGGGAGGGGUACAUGGAAAAGAGAGAAGAAAAAUGUUUUCUGGGAGAUAGUACAAGUGUCUCCGCACUUUAACUCUUUUUAAAAAAAAGAAAAGAAACAAAAAAAGAUGAGAAAAGAGAAACAUAAAGGGAGAGUGACAAGUACGCAACCACGUGGCGUGCUUCUGUUGUGUUUCGUGGAUUUAUUAAGAA